AUGACUGUGCGCCAGUAUGCUGCAAGGUUUGCGGAAUUAUCACGUUUCGCCGCAUAUUUAAUUCCCAAUGAGGAGAAAAAGACUAGGAAGUUUGAAGAAGGCUUGAACUACAGGAUUUAUGAAUGGGUAAUGAUCUUACAGAUUCAGAAUUUUUCAGAAUUAGUACACAAGGCGAUGUUAGCGGAACAGAAUCUCAAGAGAGGUGCUGAAUUGCAAGAACAGAGGAAGAGAGCUGCCCCACAAGGGUUUCCUAGUUCGGAUCAAGGGCAAUGGAAAAAGAGAAAUGAUGGAAGCAGUUCGGGACAAAAGCAAAUGCAAGGUUAUCAAUCAAAUAACCCCUGCAAGUUUUGUAACCACGUACACACUGGGGAGUGUAGAAAGGAAAAUGGGUCAUGUUUUCGAUGUGGAAAGAAUGGUCAUUUCAUCAGAGAAUGCCCAUUACUGUCAGACGACAAGAAUAAGACCAACACACCUCCAGGUCCCCGUCAGACGACUCAGGGAAGCAAUCAGCGUAGAAUGGGACCAGCCCAAGUGUUUGCAUUGACAGCUGAAGAUGUUGAGGACGAUAACAAUGCGAUCACAGUUGUAUAG